AUAUGUAAUACAUAUAUGUAUGUAUGUAUGUACAGUGCAUGUGUAUGUAAAUAUGUGCAUACCUCGUAUAACAUGCACACACCAAACAAUCAAACAUUCAUAAAAUUUACAAAAAACCCGACUUCUUAAAACUAUUGGAAAUUUAGACCUGUUAUCAGUACAACUUCCCCGUCGGAGAAAAUACCGAAAAACGACUGCACUAGUUAUCUACAUGUUUUUGGUGGAAGAAUGCAUGUAAAAGCCAUCCUUGAUGAAACCGGACUUUUCAAAAUGAUAGGAAAUUUUAUUUUAAGCCAUUAUCAGCACAACUUCCCACCCGUGCAGAAAUUCCAAAGUACAUACGUGGACCAAUUAUGCAUGCUUAUCAUGGUCCACCGAAGAGUAUAAAAGCGAAGCAUUUUCCAUGACAAAUUAUCAAUCCCACACAGCCCAUCCAAUUCCAAUCAUCUUAUCCAAACAUGAAAUCUGCAACAAUCUUCCUCCUCCUCGGCGUCGUCGCCGCCCUGGCUUCUGCCAUGCCCAAAUUGGACCCCGCCAUUUUCCAAGUGGCCGACCCUCGCCUGAUCAUCGGGGGCGUGGAAGCCACGAGGCACGAAUUUCCCUUCAUGAUCGACCUGCGAAUUGAUGGGCAGCAUAAUUGCGGGGGGUCGAUAGUGUCCCCAGAUUGGGUCGUUACUGCGGCUCACUGCUCAACCUUUUUAGCCAAUCGGUACACCCUUGUCGCAGGGGAGCACAACCUGACCCUCAACGAGGGGACGGAACAGAGUCGUAGGGUCGCGGCCAUCGUGAGACAUCCAGGUUACAACAGACCGACCCCUUUAAACAACGAUAUCGCCCUGAUGCGAGUCGAUCGUCCCUUCGAAUUCAACGAGUUUGUCGGCCCCGUUGUCAUCCCAGAUCUUGACUUUGUCCCAACUGCCUUGGCCACCGCGGCGGGAUGGGGCAUGCUCGAUUACCCGAUCGGUGACCUUUCCGAUGUCCUCAUGAAGGUUGAAGUCCCCUUCGUGGAGCAAGAGACCUGCCGAAUCGCCAACAUUGACGUUAACCCCGUCACAGACACCAUGGUCUGCUAUGGGGUUGUAGGAAAGGAUUCGUGCAAAGCUGAUUCCGGCGGUCCAUUGAUGUGCGGAUCGGACAAUGCGCUGUGUGGGAUCGUUUCUUGGGGCGAGGGGUGUGCCCUGGACGGGUACCCCGGAGUUUACGCGAAGACAUCAUACUUUGCUGAAUGGAUCAGGUCAACCAUCGCUGCUUAAAUUGAGUGUCCUUCAAUGAAUGACAUUCAUAUUGAUAUUCUUGGAAGAAACAAAUUUAUGGAAAUAAUUAUGUUUACAUAUGCAAAAUUCAAAAAAAUAAUUAAUGACUCUGUAACGCCCUAGAUUGAGUAUUAUUUAUUAAAAUUGUGUCUGAUUAUUCUGAAA